AUGUCAAGAUUUGGAAAAGGACACUUAGACAAGAAAGGUGGCCUUUCCGGACCAGGAUCUGGUCGUCCCAGAGCUCCUUUACCGGAGAGAGCCAACCUUGUAAAUUAUCGUGUUGUUCAACGCGAUCUUGUGUAUGUAAUCGGCAUACCAGUUGAAAUUGCGCAAGAAUCAAUUCUGGAAAAAUACGAGUAUUUUGGACAGUAUGGACCUAUCAAGAAAAUUGUUGUAAAUUCUAGCGUUCAUCAACAAGGAUAUCAAAGACCUACAGUAAGCGCUUUUGUUACAUUUUGUAAAAUAGAAGAUGCACUGGAAUGUAUAUAUAGCUUAGAAUCUUUCACUUAUAAUAAUCAUCCAAUUAAAGCAUCAUUAGGUACCUCAAAAUACUGCUCUAAUUUCCUUUUUGGACAAAAAUGCAAUAAUCAGGACUGCAUGUACCUACAUCAUAACGGAGAUCCUAAGGAUUCCUUUACAACAGAAGAAAUUCAAGCAAAUUCACCCAGAUUUACAGAAACAACGCGCCCAACAAGGCCACCAGAUUACAACAAAUAUCCUUUACAGAAUUCGAAAGAAACAGUUUUCCCACCAAGGAGAAUAUUGAAUAUACAGAUAUCAGAUUCAGAAGAUUCCCAACCCGAGGAAGAAUAUAUCGAGGAGGAAGAUGAAGAAGAAAUCCACGAGGAAGAAGAGCCUGAUCGCUCUGAUUUCUUGAAAGAUUUAUAUAGAAACGGAUUUCCAGCUGUUCCUCCUUUACAUGUUGAUUAUUCCGUCAACAUGAGUCUUAUGCAGCAGCUCAACCUUGACAGAGCUUCGAUUAGAUCGUAUUUGCAUCAGAAAUGA